AUGGCGGACGAAUUCGUCACGAGAAGUAUGCUGUAACGACAACUCGACUAGGAAAGGUUGCCAAAUGAAUACCGGCCUUUUGUAGACACAGAAAUAUAUCACCAUCUCUCCAAAAUGUUUAGGAAAAAACCUGAUCCAAAAGGUAGGGUAUAUGAUUUGUUUGUGGUUGUCAUGUUAAAGGAUAAAAGAUCUAAUAUAACCUAUAUUCAUUUGAUAAAGGGUACCAUUUUGAGAAAAUUUCUUUCUUUUUGCGAGCUCUUGCUUCAUACGCAUGGCCUGUAUAUCAGUUCCCAUGUUAUUAUUUUAACGGUGAUGGUCUCAAAAGUUUUCAGGUAUAACUAUGAUUUCGACCAAUCGUGCCAGUUCGGCUGAAUGUCAGAUACAUAUAUUUUCAGUUACUUUAUUAGCACAAUUAUUUCUUUACAUCUGUUACCAACCAUAGAUGAAAUUUAAAUUCAUCACGACUUUUGACUCAAGAAUAAAGAAUUUUAAAUAUAAUAACUUCUGUGGACUGCAAGAGUGAGGUAUUGUGAAAUUUAAAAGGGGCUACCCGUGAAAAAUUGCUGUUUGCGUCGUAAAAGUGAUUCAUCUGUUAAGUUUGGUUAGAUACAACAGCUGGUUACCGCUUCUUAUUGGCAAAUGAAACAAGCCCUGAUAAGUGUUGAGAACUAGAGGUUGACUGAAUCCUAAAAGUGUUGAUGCUGAAAAAUAAUUUUGAUUGUUGUCUUCCUAACUUGCUGUAUGGUAGUAAUGUAUCAUUUGAUUUAAAUCUACAAACGCUUGAAAAAUAGCGAUGUGAACCGACAUUUCAGAGUCUUCAUGACGCCAUUGUCAAGGUAAAAGUUAGGAUAAUGAAUUCUGCGAGUAUUAAUAACUGUAAUAAAUUUACAUGAUAAAGAUGCAAGGUUAAAUUACAGAAAUACUUUAACACAGAUUGAGUCAAACUGCAUAUUCAGGGUUGCUUUUAGUUCUCUGAUGAAUAACAUCUUGUGCACAAAGCAACCAAAUUUAUUUUUGCAUUUAUUUGGAACAUUGAAGCACCUCAGUAGGUCUUCAGGGACCUUGCUAUGUUGUCUUGGUAGUGUUUAUGUAUAGAAGAUGACCAUUGGUUAUGUCCGUCCACAUGUACGUGUAAGUGUGUGUGUGUGUAUAGCCCACAUAACCUGCAUCACACAAGUCACAUCGAAAAUGAUAGACAAUGUGUUGUUGGUUCAUGAUCUGGGGCUUUUUCUCUCCAACUUUUAGGUGUUGGUUGAUUUUACAGCUGAUGAACAAAGGUUGGACAGCUGUCUGUACUUUUAGGCUGGGGUCCUUGAGUUGUUUCUUGACAUAAUUUGCUGAUUCUCAUGUCCUCUACUGAAGAAACACUUAAGCAUGAUGGAACCCUUUAGCAGCUCCCUUCAUUCUACCGCAGAUAUGUUGAUGACAUGCUCACCAUAAUUCCUGAUGCACCAACAGCAACCGAUUUCCUAUGCACUCUUAACAAUGUCCACACUUCGAUCAGAUUCACUGUGGAGGUAGAAAAGAACAGCAUGCUUCCUUUCCUUGGCACUCAACUACUCAACCAUGCAGCCUGAGUUUAUGUAAAACCAACUAAAACAGGUCUACUAUUACACUAUCAAAGCCAUGUAGACAAUUGUUACAAACAGAGCUUAUGGACAACCAUGCUUGAUCACACACACCGAUUAUCUUCCUCUUGGACAUAUUUCUCUGAUGAGUGUGAUUGCCUAAAGAAAUUUUUUUCAAGACUUAAAUACCCAAAAUGUCUGAUUAAUUCCACCAUCAACAAUUUUGUUCAUUCAAGAGUAGCAGACCAACACUCCUCACAGGUGCUAAAACAACAGAGGGCCAUUGUUCGAGUGUUCAUACCAAUCCAGGACCAAGAAUCAGCAAAUUAUGUCAAGAAACAGCUCAAGGACCUCAGCCUACAAGUACAGACAACUGUCCAACCUGUGUUUGUUAGCUGUAAAAUCAACCAACGCCUAAAAGCGGAAGAGAAAAAAAGCCACCGAUUGUAAACCAACAAUGUGUUGUUUAUCGUUUUCAAUGUGACUUGUGUGAUGCAGGUUAUGUGGGCUAUACGUGCGUACACCUACAUGUACAUGUGGUCGGAUAUAAACAAUGGUCAUCUUCUUUAUAUAGACACUACCAAGACAAACAUGGCACGGUCCCUGAAGACCUACUGAGGUGCUUUGAUGUUCUAAAGAAAUGCAAAAAUAUAUUUGAUUGCUUAGUUCAUGAGAUGUUAUCAUCAGAGAACUAAAAGCAACUCUGAACGUGCAAGUGGACUCAAUCCAUGUUAAAGUAUUUCUGUAAUUAAAUCUUGCAUUCUUUAUCAUGUAAAUUUAUUGGAGUUGUUAAUUCUUGCAGAAUUCAUUAUCCUAACAUUUACCUUGACAAUGGCGUCAUGAAGACUCCGAAAUGUUGGUUCAUAUCACUAUUUUUAUGUGUUUAUGUAUAUUAACUAGAUCUUUAUUGAUAAUUGAUUUAAAUCAUUUUUGAUUAAAGAACAAAUGAGACAACAGAAAAGGCAGCUGAACAGAACACAGAGGGAAUUGGCCAGGGAUCAAAGUGCUCUUGAGAGGCAAGAAAAACAACUGGUGAGACAAAUAAUUUAUUAAAAUUAAUUAUCUAUCCAAAUCUAACUUAAAUAAAAUUUAUUAUUUGCAAAAGCUAGCUGUGCAGGCUAUCACCAACUCAGACUAUGGAGCCCAUUCUGCUCCUUUAUUCUCCAAACUAGGAAUUUUAGAUAUUUCCAAGUCAAUAUGUUUUAAAUUGCCAAAUUUAUGUUUUAUUGUAAAAAUAACUUAUUGCCCCCAUUGUUUCUCAAUCUUUUUGUAACGAAUAGCCAAAUUCACAACAAUGGUACCAGGACAGCCAAUAAUAUCAAACGCAUUUGUGCUGUACAAAUCUCAAGCAAUUUACAAUUCUCUACCAAGGUCCUAAAAUUUGGAACUCUCUUUCUGUUUCAGUCACUUGCUCAUCAAACCUUCUUUAGCUUUAAGACAAAAAUGCAAGAGUUUUUACUGAAAUAAUCACUGAAUUGGCCAAGCUGCACAUUCGCAGCACUUUUUCUUCACCUGAUUUAUUAUAAUUGUAAGUGAGGUGGCCCUCUUAUAAGCCUGGUGGCUUAUUGGGUCUCCUGGCCUUCUAGCUAUUGAUGCUGUAAAUAAUUUUUUUUGUAUUGUUGAAAUAAGGAAAUUAAAGAUGAUGAUGAUGUUGAAUCCCUAUGCAAACAUCAGUUUAUGCCCUAUCUUUGUAUCAUUACUUCUCAUAAUGCUAGGUCCCCGCCCCCUGUCUUAUUUAUCCAUAAUUCAUUUAUUCAUCAAGUCAGUUGAUCGCUCAUUUUUCCACUCACUCAUUCACUUUUUCAUUCAUCUAGUCUGUCAGUCAUCCAUUUGAUUACUCAUUUGUUCCUCCAGUCAACCAAUCAGUCAAUCAAUCAGUUCAUCACCUAGAGUCAAUCGUUUUCUUUUAUUAUGCUCUUAGGAAGCAGAGAUCAAGAAAAUGGCAAGACUUGGAAACAAACAGGUUUGAUGUCAUUCACACAAAUUUUAAAUAUGAAGUAUUACAAAAUGGUUUUUCCUUGAUGCCUUCAUUGUACUUUCCACCACAAGACAAAACACAGCUUUAAAAUGAAGAUCAACCUAACCAAACUGUGACUAGUCCAUGAAAUUGCAGUGCUAACACAAAACAAAUGUAACUAAUCUCAAACAUUUAGAAUAUUUAUUACUAGAGUCUUUCUUUUAUUCCAUGCAACAUAUUACAACAUUACACAUUACAACAUAUGAUAGAUCUAAAUUAAGGUCUACCAUUCCAUCUGACUUGUGUUUUCUAACCAUCUUCAACUGAGAAUUAUUCAGUAUUUUCCAUCCAAAUGGAAAGUUAACAUCUAUCUGUUGAAAAUUCAUUUACUUAGGCUGCAACAACACUUGCCAAGCAGCUGGUUAAUCUACGAAAACAGAAAACUAAAAAUAUGACCGUAAGUUCCCGUGUGAUGGCCAUUGGACACCAGUCACAAGCCAUGCAUGCAUCAGCAAAAAUGGCAGGUGCCAUGUCUACAGCAACCAAGGUAUGACUAAGGAUUUAUUAGUUUACUAUUGUUUCAAUUUCUAGUAUUUUGGCUUCUAGUUUUUAAAUUACUUUGAACAGCUUUAUCUUAGCAUGGUAUCAAUUGCUUAAGGUGUGCAGGAAAGAUGAAAACAACACAACCAAAUCAGUUAAGUGUCCUCUACGGCCAACAAAAGCCCUGAUGUGUUGGCUGGUGAAACAGUCCAAGUUCUAAACAACAGGAAAAAAAAUCAGGGGCCAUUUGGUUGCUCAGUGUUUUGUUUGUGUUUUUGUUCAACAACAACAACAACUCAAAUGUGCUCAACAACAAUUAAGGAUGUAUUAAACAGAAAAUAAUAAUUAAUUGUAAUUACGAAAAACUAGAGGGUACCUACACCCUAGGAUAAUUAAACAGCUCAAAAUGACAGGGAGCUGCUCUGUUCUAAGGUGUAUGUUUUCUGGGUUCUGUUGCCUUUAGUUGAUAUAGUAAAAUGGCAUACUAGGUGAAUAAUCGCUUAUCAUGAUGUCCUUUUACUCUGGCAAUCCUUUUUAAUCAGAUUAUCAUAUUGUAAUAUGUUUCUGUAGGCCAUGGGAAGUGUAAAUGCCCAGAUGAAUCCAGUGCAAUUACAACAAACUCUGCAGAACUUUGAAAUGGAAUCUUCAAAAAUGGACAUGAAGGAAGAAAUGAGUAAGUUCUUUCAAAGUCUUUUUAAAUGCUUAGUAAAUUGUGGUGGAGUGUAGGUGAUGGUAGCCACAGAGGAGAGAAGCAUUCUCCCCAGCAACAAGGAGGUCAUCAUAGCAACUGAGCUGCAUUCCACCUUAGAAGGUGACCCUAGAGCCAGCUGGUGCUAUUUCUUUUGUUUUUAAUACCUAGCCUAAAUUAUAUUUAACCUCGUUUAAUUUGAAAAACUGGAAUAGCUCCACCUUUCAUGACAUAAACAGGGCAAUAAACUUAAGUUUUUCAAAGAAGCAUUUAGUGACCUAAUUGCCAGAAAUUAUAUUUAGUCACAAUUUGUUAUUAAAGAAAAGGAGGAAACAUUGAUAGUGUUGGAUGAAAUAAAAUUAACUCACUUUAACUAAGUGAGAAAAACAUUACAGCUUUGUUUGCAUGACCACCAAACACAAGUUGUCAAAGUGAUAACUUUUGCAGCAAAUUCCAAUGCUGAAACUUUUUCCACUUGUCAUGGCAACCAAAAUAGUGGCAGGCUGUACACUGGAGUCUGUAUCAAAAGGUCUGUGGUGGCACCUGGACCAGGGCAUUUUUUUUCAGAGCCUCUUUCUGCCAAGGAACAUCAAUGGUUACUGAAAAAUUAUGGAGGAGAUGUGAGGGAGUGUAUGCUCUUCCUUUCCUGGAUCUUAAACUGUUUCAUAGUGCUAGCCUUUUGUUGGUGUGAGCCAGAUAAAAGGAAUACUGUAUUGACAAAUAAAACUAAGCUAUAUUUAUCUUCUAAAAUCUUCUAAGUUUUUAUCAUUUUUCCUUCUUUCUGUUUUAUUCUAGUGAAUGAUACUCUAGAGUCAAUAUUAGAUGAAUCAGGAGAUGAGGAGGAGCAGGAUGCGAUCGUCAAUCAAGUUCUUGAUGAGAUCGGCAUUGAAAUAUCUGGGAAGGUAUAUGGAAUGGCUCUAAGGCAUUAUUGCUUCUUACAACAUAGUUUCCUGUUCUUUUCUCACUCCAAACUCAUUUCUUAUGUAUGGUAAUUUCAAACUGUUAUUUACUAUCAGGGUCUGCUUGACAUGUGUAAUCACAUGAUGGCAUCAUAACACGUGAUCAUUGAAGUCCAAUCAGAAUAGUAGAAAGUUGUAAAUGUUGAACCUAUUCUUAUGCAUGAGUCUCAACUGCAGAUAGCAUUUGAAUACCAAGUUGCCGCUAGGUAACUCAUCCUCAAGUAAAAUACGAUGUAUUUAUUUAUUGUUAAUUCGAUCAGGCUCCUUCACAGGGAAGAAAGAAGUGGCUAAUUUUGUCUUCUUCUCAACAUGCAUCUUCACGUUCUCCUUCCAUUAUAAAUCAUUUUUUUCUUCGACAAAAUAGCUAAACUUUAUAUUUAGAAUUGUCUGUGGAAAAAACGGAUUAAUGUCAGUGUCUGGGCAACUGCGCAACUGCGCACAUACCCCUCCCCCAACCCAACUUUAACUCUAACUAGUUAUCAGUUGAAUGUGGUUGGGUCAGGGGAGGGGUAGGUGCGCAGUUGCUCCGACAGUGACAUUGAUCCAAAAUGGCGAAGAAAGGUGUCCAAGACGCCAUGACUGUUGUUUUCAUUUGAAAUCGUCAAGAUUUUAUUUACUCAUUCCUUUAAAUAAACGAGCAUUCAUUUGUUUAGAUGGCAGAAGCACCUUCCGCGCAUGGCGGUAAAUUACCAACAGGACAACGGGCGGCAGCUUCCAAGGGAACAUCGGAUGCAGAUAUCGAGGAGAUGUUGGCUAAGUUGAAGGCCUAA